AUGCUGCUACGACGGAGGCCCCAAGAUGAACAGUUACAGAGAAAGGCUAUACAAUCACAAGCAAAUGAUUUAGAUGCUGAAUCUAUAGCUUCAGGUUUACCAGAAGGUUUUAAAACUAAUGAUGAAGAAACUAAAACUAAAAAUAAAUUAAUUUUAAGAACUGAAAAAUAUUUGCCAUUGAUAUUAAAUAUUAUUCAUGGAUCAAUAUGGGGAGUUUUAGCUAGAAAAGGUUUAAUAGUUUUAACUACUUAUGAUGGUGCUUAUUUAUCAGGUGUAAUAUGGGCCAAUUUUACUGCUUGUGUUGUAAUGGGUUUAUUUAUUGAAAGUGAGUCAUUGUGGUUAAAAUUAAUUCAUGAUGACCGUUAUCCAAAUAAAGGUGCUAUUCCCAUAUAUGCUGGUGUUACAACAGGAUUUUGUGGUACUUGCUCAUCUUUUUCGUCAGUUAUUAUAGAAGCUUUUAAUAAAUCUGCCAAUACGGCUGAGCGAAAAGGUGGUUUUCAACCUUUUAAUUAUCCUAAUUCAGCUUAUGGUAUUAUGGAAUUUUUGGCUGUUAUAUUAGCUCAAUUUGGUUUGUCUAUUAUGGCUUUUCAUAUGGGGAAACAUUUAGCAACAUUAAUAGAUCAAUUUAUUCCAUCAUUUGAUAGAAAAUUUUAUAAAAUUAUUGAAACAAUUUCAAUUUUACUCGGUGGUUCCAUAUUUAUAGUCAUUAUUGUAUUAAUUGGAGUUGAACUGACUUGGAGAUCAUGGACUUUCUCAAUGUUUUUUGCUCCAUUUGCUGCCCUACUACGAUUUUAUUUAUCAAAAUAUUUAAAUAAUAAGAUUGCAAAUUUCCCAUUUGGGACUUUUACAGCAAAUAUUUUGGGAACUUUAUUACUUAGUAUUUUCACUUUAUUAGACAGAGGUUAUAGCUCAAAUGGAGGAAGAAUUAUCAAUACAACGAUAUCUUGUCAAGUAUUAAGUGGUUUAGAUGAUGGAUUUUGUGGUGCAUUAACUACUGUUAGCACAUUUGUUGCAGAAUUAUUUGGGCUAAAAACUUUAUAUAGUUAUAGAUACGGUAUUACAUCAAUAAUGAUUAGUUAUGCGGUGACUAUAUUAAUAUUAGGAUCAUUUGCAUGGACCCAUGGUUUAACAAAUUCGUUAUGUUAG